AUGCCACACCAUGCCACCUCACACCUCAGAUCACGCCACAUCACACCUCACCACAUCACACCUCGCCACCUCACACAUCACACCUCGCUACAUCACGCCACAUCACACCUCGCCACGCCACAUCACACCAUGCCACCUCACACCCUGCCACGCCACAUUACACCUCUCCACAUCUCGCCACAUCACAUCACUUCACACCACACCUUGCCACUCCACAUCACACCUCGCAACGCCACAUCACACCAUGCCUCGCCACACCACAUCACACCACAUCACGCCACAUCACACCUCGCCACACCACAUCACACCUCGCCACACCACAUCACAGCUUGCCACAUCACGCCACACCUCGCAACGCCACAUCACACCAUGCCUCGCCACACCACAUCACGCCUCGCCACACCUCGCCACAUCACACAUCGCCACAUCACACCUCGCCACAUCACUCCACGCCACAUCACUCCACGCCACAUCACACCUCGCAACGCCACAUCACACCAUGCCUCGCCACACCACAUCACACCUCACCACAUCACUCCACACCACUCUUUGCCACAUCACAUCACACAUCACAUCACGCCACACCACAUCACACCUUGCCACAUCACGCCACAUCACACCUCGCCACAUCACACCACAUCACAGCUCGCCACAUCACGCCACACCGCGCAACGCCACAUCACACCAUGCCUCGCCACACCACAUCACGCCACACCUCGCCACUCCACAUCACGCCACACCUCGCAACGCCACAUCACACCAUGCCUCGCCACAUCACACCACAUCACGCCACACCUCGCCACUCCACAUCACACCUCGCAACGCCACAUCACACCAUGCCUCGCCACACCAGAUCACACCACAUCACGCCACACCUCGCCACACCACAUCACAGCUCGCCACAUCACGCCACACCUCGCAACGCCACAUCACACCAUGCCUCGCCACACCACAUCACGCCACACCUCACACCUCGCCACGCCACACCUCGCCACACCAGAGCAGAUCAGAGCACACAAGACCACAACACAGCAGAGCACGCCAAACCACACAGACUAA